ACACGGAAAGAGAAAAAAAAAAAGUUUAUUUCCUUUUCUUUUCCUUUUUUUAUUCCCCUCGGAAGAAAAUACCAAAUUCUAGAGAGAGAAAGAGAGAGACAGAGGGGGGAGAGGGAGAGGGAGAGAGAGAGAGAGAAUUUUCUCGAGAAAGCCCUCCCUUUGGAGCUCCGUGACAUUUGCGUUUCGAUUCUCCUACUUCCUCCUCCAUCCUGGUUUUAGAGAGAGAGAGCUAGAGAGAGAGGGUUUGCUCCUCGCGACAAUGUUGUCGCUGCAGAGCGAUCCUCGGCUCCACCAGCAGCAACUCCAGCUGCAGCACCAGAAUCAGCCUCCUCCGCUCCCGCAGCUCCAGUUGGCCCCCUACGGCAACGAGCCCCUGUCUCUCAAGCUCGAUGUCCCCCCUGCUGCUGCUGCUUCUUCUUCCUCCUCCUCCGCCCCCUCCUCCGCCUCCGCCUCCGCCGCAUCUGCACCUGCUCAUCUCAAGGGCUCUCAGGCCGCCGACUCUCGCGAAGUCAAUGAAGACCUUCUCAUGGUCCUUGCUCAUCAGAAAUACAAAGCAGGAAACUAUAAGCAGGCAUUAGAGCACAGCUGUGCUGUUUAUGACAGAAACCCUCAGCGAACUGACAAUCUUCUCCUGUUGGGUGCCAUUUAUUACCAGUUGCACGAUUUUGAUAUGUGCAUUGCAAAGAAUGAAGAAGCUCUCCGAAUUGAUCCCCAUUUUGCUGAGUGCUAUGGCAAUAUGGCCAAUGCCUGGAAGGAGAAGGGCAAUAUUGAUGUCGCCAUUCGCUACUAUUUGAUUGCUAUUGAGCUGCGGCCCAACUUUGCUGAUGCUUGGUCUAAUUUAGCGAGCGCAUACAUGAGGAAAGGAAGAUAUAGUGAAGCCGGGCAAUGUUGUCGUCAGGCCCUUGCUCUAAAUCCGCGUUUGGUUGAUGCUCACAGUAAUCUUGGGAACCUGAUGAAAGCUCAGGGUUUGGUACAAGAGGCAUACAAUUGUUACCUUGAAGCCCUCAGGAUACAACCAAAUUUUGCAAUUGCUUGGUCCAAUCUUGCUGGCCUUUUCAUGGAGGCAGGUGAUCUUAACAAGGCUCUUCAAUAUUAUAAGGAAGCGGUAAAGCUGAAACCAACAUUUGCUGAUGCCUACUUGAGUCUUGGAAAUGUGUAUAAGGCUCUGGGGAUGCCUCAAGAGGCUAUUAUAUGCUACCAGCGCGCUCUGCAGACUCGACCAGACUAUGCUAUGGCAUAUGGCAAUUUAGCCAGUGUAUAUUAUGAGCAAGGCCAAUUGGAUAUGGCUAUUUUCAAUUAUAAGCGAGCAAUUACAUUUGACUCAGGAUUUCUGGAGGCAUAUAACAAUCUGGGUAAUGCCUUGAAGGAUUCUGGAAGGGUUGAGGAAGCAAUUCAAUGCUAUCGCCAAUGCCUGAGUUUGCAACCCAGCCAUCCUCAAGCACUUACAAACCUGGGGAACAUAUAUAUGGAAUGGAAUAUGCUGGGUCCUGCAGCUUCGUGUUAUAAGGCAACACUGUCAGUUACAUCAGGACUUUCUGCUCCUUUCAAUAAUUUAGCAAUUAUAUAUAAGCAGCAGGGUAACUAUUUGGAUGCUAUCUCCUGCUAUAGCGAAGUUCUCAGAAUCGAUCCUUUAGCAGCUGAUGGACUUGUCAAUCGGGGUAACACUUACAAGGAGAUUGGAAGGGUCAGUGAAGCCAUUCAGGAUUAUAUUCGGGCAAUUAACAUAAGGCCCACUAUGGCUGAGGCCCACGCUAAUCUUGCAUCAGCUUAUAAGGACAGUGGCCAUGUUGAAGCAGCUAUCAAAAGCUACAAGCAAGCCUUGAUUCUGCGGCCUGACUUCCCUGAAGCAACUUGUAAUCUCUUGCAUACACUACAGUGUGUCUGUGAUUGGGAAGACAGGGAGCGAAAAUUUAUUGAAGUUGAAGGGUUACUGCGCAGACAGAUUCAGAUGUCAGUGAUCCCGAGUGUGCAGCCUUUCCAUGCUAUAGCCUAUCCGAUCGAUCCUUUGCUUGCUCUUGAAAUCAGUCGUAAGUAUGCUGCCCACAGCUCCCUUGUAGCAUCUCGGUAUUCCCUUCCUGCAUUCAGUUUUCCUCCUCCUCAUCCUAUAAAGAGUGAAGGUGGAAGUGGACGCCUAAGGGUUGGUUAUGUGAGCAGUGACUUUGGAAAUCAUCCUCUAUCCCAUCUGAUGGGGUCAGUAUUCGGAAUGCAUGAUAGAGAAAAUGUCGAGGUGUUUUGCUAUGCAUUGAGUCCAAAUGAUGGAACUGAGUGGAGGCUUCGCACACAGACGGAAGCUGAGCAUUUCAUUGAUGUUUCUUCGAUGUCAUCUGAUGCGAUAGCCAGGCUGAUUAAUGAGCAUAAAAUUCAAAUCCUUGUUAAUCUUAAUGGCUACACCAAGGGGGCGAGAAACGAAAUUUUUGCCAUGCAACCUGCUCCUAUUCAGAUUUCAUAUAUGGGUUUUCCUGGUACCACUGGGGCAUCUUACAUACAUUAUUUGGUCACUGAUGAGUUUGUGUCGCCUUUCCGGUUCUCUCAUAUCUAUUCUGAAAAGCUCGUCCAUCUCCCUCAUUGCUACUUUGUAAAUGAUUAUAAGCAGAAAAACCGUGAAGUACUGGACUCCAACUGCCAACCCAAGAGAUCAGAUUAUGGGUUGCCCGAGGAUAAAUUUAUCUUUGCUUGUUUCAAUCAGCUUUAUAAGAUGGAUCCUGACAUUUUCAACACCUGGUGCAAUAUUCUCAAGCGCGUGCCAAACAGUGCAAUUUGGCUUCUCAGGUUCCCUGCAGCUGGUGAAAUGAGGCUACGUGCAUAUGCCUCUCUAAAGGGCGUUCAACCAGACCAAAUUAUCUUCACGGAUGUUGCCAUGAAGAAUGAACAUAUAAGGCGUAGUGCUUUGGCAGAUCUUUUCCUGGACACACCUUUGUGCAACGCGCAUACAACAGGCACUGAUGUCCUGUGGGCUGGACUUCCAAUGGUGACUCUUCCUCGAAAGAUGGCGACCAGAGUUGCUGGUUCUUUGUGUCUGGCCACUGGUGUUGGGGAGGAAAUGAUUGUUAGCAGCCUGAAGGAAUAUGAAGAGAAGGCUGUUUCCCUAGCCCUAAAUCGACCAAAACUCCGGGACCUGAGGAAUAGACUCAAAGCAUCUCGUCUCACUUGUCCUUUGUUUGACACAGAUCGCUGGGUGAGGAAUCUCGAGCGAGCAUAUUUUAAGAUGUGGAAUCUUUAUUGCUGUGGGCAGCAUCCUCAGCCCUUCAAAGUGACUGAGAAUGAUGCAGAGUUCCCAUACAGUAGGUAGGGGUUCUGGAGAUAGCUAGAAACGGGAUCUUGAAGAUAAAGAGAGUUCUACUGUAAUAUUAUUGUCAAUCCACAAUGCAAAAGUCGUGCUUCAUAGCUGAUUGAUACACACCUGUAAUGGUAAGAAUGGGGAAUCAAAGCAUGGGGUAGCGUACCAUAUGUCAAUUGGCCAGAGUUUGUUGCUAAGCUGCGGAUCUAAUGUUAUGAGAGACCCUUGUUUGAGUAAAAAUACAGAGGCAUAGAAAUUAUUUGGUGCAUAUGUUUUCAUGCUGUAUUUUUAGUU